GGUGUUUUCUUUGCGCUCCUCGGGUCGGUGCUGUUCAUACCGGGGUUCUACUACUCGCGGAUCGCCUACUACGCUUACAAGGGAUACAAAGGUUUCUCAUUUGCUAACAUUCCUGCAGUAUGAGGACAGCCCCCUUUAGUUCGUUUAUCCCUUUCCCUUUAUGGAUGCCAGUACAGAAAUCGACGGCUCCUCUGUCCUUACUCGGACAGGGUCCAUUUUUAAUUUCGACGACCAGAAAUCUGCCACGUUUUGUUAUGCGCAGAGCUCAUCGGGAGGCGUCGCUGCCGGAGAUGUGCCCCACCACGAAGAACAGCUCCGGCCCGGCCUCUGAUCCCUCCUUCGAUGACGGAGGAGAAUCCCCUCGGGCUUCUCCGGCUGACUCGGAUGGACUCCCUUACGAUUGGCGGCGGGAGGCCAUCGAAGGCGGUUCCCUUCGCCACGUUGAUCUCCACACCGGCUCCAAUGGGUGGGCCUCUCCUCCCGGAGAUCUGUUCCACCUCCGCGGUCCUAACUAUUUUAGCCGCCGCCAGAAAGUACCUUCCGGCGAGUGGCUCCUCAAACCUGCUGGCGUCGAUUGGCUCCGCUCCGCCUCUCGCCUCGAUGACGUCCUCGGUCGCCCGGACAAUCGGGUAGCCUCCUCCCUUUGCCGCGCUCGUUCCCUCGGAUACUCAGGCAAGGCCUUUCUAUUUGCAGUCAAUCUCCAGGUUCCCGGCCGGGAGUGUCACUCCGCUGUUUUUUAUUUCGUUGCUGAGGAUCCGAUCCCGCCUGGCUCCCUCUUCUACCGCUUUGUCCACGGCGACGACGCCUUCCGGAACGCGAGGUUCAAGAUCGUGAACCGGAUCGUGAAGGGGCCGUGGAUCGUGAAGGCUGCUGUGGGGAACUACGCCGCCUGCCUCCUGGGGAAGGCGCUCACCUGCAACUAUCAUCGCGGGGAGAACUACUUGGAGAUUGACGUCGACAUAGGGAGCUCCGCCAUCGCUCACGCCAUCCUCCACCUUGCCCUCGGUUACGUGACGGCGGUCACCAUCGACAUGGGAUUCCUGGUCGAGGCGCAGGCGGAAGAGGAGCUUCCGGAGCGGCUUCUCGGGGCCGUUAGGGUGGCGCAGAUGGAGAUGAGUUCGGCAACGUAUAUUGAGACUCGACCUAGGGCGACUGAGGCAAGCAAGGGAGGAUAUCGGGGGCAGGCUAAGGUCAACCAUCACCAGGAUCAGAGCUCAGCUCCCGAGUCAUCCAGGCUGGGAGAUGGCAAGGGAGGCAAAGCUGAAGGUUGAGGUCGUUGAUCCGCUCUUUCUUAGAUGAAAAAGGUAAGAUUUUUGGGUCUUCCCUUCUCUGCUACUUCUGGGAGAGGACUGGUUAAAAAUUCGGUACUAUCCUGUCUUCUUCUUCUUCUUCUUGUUCAAGUACAUUUUCUAUUCAUAAUUGCAUCCUCUCUUCAAUGAGGGAAAAAGGAGCUCUCUA